AUGGGCCGGCUGGACAGGUCUGCCUCCGUUCUAGCAUUUGUGGAAGAGAUGGAGCGCAGCGCUGACUCGAGGAUCCCGAACGGGGAUCCCUCUGAAGAUGUUAAGCAAAAGAAGUACUUUGAUUGCCUCUCGGACAAUUACGUCGCACUGCAGCCAAUAGCUACUCGUAGGCGUUUCCGCGGCGAUUGUUUGCCACCCCUCUCUCUGAGCACUCGCCAUUUUGUCAUCUCAGGCUGGUCGUGGUGCAUGUGCUUGGCUGACACCGAAUACACCCAUUUCCCUGAAGAAGACGUUCGCUUCAUCGUUGGCGAGAACCUUCGAUUGCUGAUCGAGCAUUGUCGUGAUCCCGACGACACUGUGUGUCUUGCGGCCAUCCAUGUACUUCUCAACUUUGGAAUUGGUGGCCUUCCUUUCGCUCAGCACCUCAUCGCAGACUCCAUGCUGAAGUUAAUGGAAGAUUUAUUGCCGGAGGUCACUGAGGUUGAUGCUCCUCUCUUAAGGAAGCUGAUAAGGUGCCAUCAGCAUCUGACCUAUGCUCGGCAUAUUCUGACGAUGCCUCAACGGCAGGAAUGGGCGUCGCUACUGCUCAAAAGCUUACAGUCCGCCCCGGCUACUUGCCAGAUGAACUUUGUUCCUGGCCUGAUUCAGCUUUGGUGUUCCGAUGAGACACCCAGGAAGACCUACACAGAAGAGGAGCUUCAGGUAAGAGCUUGGAUGACGUCCGAGAACUGCCAAGUGUGCAAAGAGCUGGACAUGCUUCUAAAACUCUGA